AUGUUUCAUGUUGGACGUGUAUCCUCGGGCCGAAGUUCUUUGCUUACAGGAAUUCCACGGAAAGUUGUGGUGAUUGGUGGAUCAGGUUUUAUUGGCAAAUAUGUAGCCAAAGCAUACAUUCAAGACGCCAACACCAAAAUCCAAUUAGGUUCACGGCAUCAUAGAAACAAUGAAGAUGUGAGAUCAUUGGGUAACGUAUUGGAAGUUGGAAGUGACAUUACCUCUCGAUCUGACGUCUUAAGAUCAUGUGAGGGCGCUAGUGUCAUUGUAAAUCUGGUAGGAAUUAUGCACGAGCGCCCGCCAAAAUAUACUUUUGAAAAUGUCCAUCAUCAAGGUGCACGUAACAUCGCGCUGGCCGCCAAGGAAAACAAUGCUCACCUUAUACAUAUUAGCGCCAUCGGGGCCGACGUUAAUAGCGAGGUUCCUUACGCCAGAACAAAGGCUUUAGGAGAAAUCGCGAUACGCGAGACAUGUCCGGAUGCGACGAUUCUUCGCCCAAGCAUUGUCUUUGGUCCCGAGGAUGAUUUCUUUAAUAGAUUUGCAAAAUUAGCAAAAUUUCUGCCCUUCAUGCCAGUGUUUGGUGGUGGAAAAUCAAAAUUUCAACCAAUCUACGUAUGGGAUGUGGCCAUGGCCAUACUCCACAUAAGCGAUCACCCUCAAAAAUUCCAAGGAAGAACUUUUGAGAUCGGUGGCCCGACCGUCUACACUUACAAGGAGAUCAUGAAACUUACUUUAAAUCAAGCGGGAAUGAGGCGUCCCAUAAUAUCAUUGCCUUGGUCUGUCGGAUUGGUUCAAGGAUUCUUCCUUGAAAAAUUACCUCCGAAUUUGUUUACAAUUACCCGCGACCAACUUAAAUUGCUCCAAAAGGACAACAUAGUCUCCGAAGAUCCGAAUAUACUAAAAUUGAAAGAUUUGGGAAUUGAUCCUGCUCCAGCCGAAAGAAUUUUGUACACGUACCUGAGAAAGCAUGAAAUCACAACGCCAAAUAAAAGAACCCAUCGACCAUUCAACACGGAUGUCGAAGAUGAGAUUCGAGAGAUCAAGAAGAUCAGAGAAGAAACGCCAAAACACGCUUUAGAUAAAGAAUCAGAAUAUCAAAAACUUCAUACAAAGAAAUAA